AUGGCUGCUACCAAAAUUCCAACAACAAUGCGCGCAUUGGCUCUGGCGCAACACUGCAAUCCAUCCGCCUACAACCUUGCGAAUCUGCCAGUUCCCAAAAUCACGAAGCCAGAUGAGCUUCUUAUUAGAGUCCAUGCCGCUUCCGUCAACCCAGUGGAUGUGAAGCUUGCUGGAGAUAUGGGGAAAUUAAUGCAGAAAGCGACAUUUCCAUACAAGAUGGGACAUGAUCUAGCAGGAGAAGUAGUUGCCGUUGGUACAUCAGUCUCAAAUUUCAAGCUUGGGGAUGAAGUAUACUCUCGUGUACCAGAAUCAUAUCGAGGCACCAUCGCACCGUAUGCUUUAGCGACAGCAUCGACCACUGCUCUCAAACCGAAAUCCUUGAGCUAUACCGAAGCUGCCAGUAUACCACUCGCCUGUCAGACUGCGUACCAGGCUCUACAAAUGGGUGAGGCGAGGAUACCAGGUGGCUUGAGGGGCAAGACGGUGCUGGUACCCGGCGGGCUGAGUGGCACAGGUAGCUUCGCAGUGCAGCUUGCGAAGAACGUUUUCGGGGCCGGCAAAGUCAUCACCACGUUAUCGACGGGCAAGAUACCAAGGAUCAAGGAGCUGAUGGGGAAGAGUGCACCGGAUCAGAUUGUGGAUUACACGAAGGACGACUUGGUACAGGCGAUUGGAAAAGGCACUGUGGACUUCAUGUUCGAUACGGUUAAGAACACGAUUUCUGCUCUACCGGUGAUGAAGAAGGGUGGCAUGAUCGUGUCUAUCAGCACGGUACCUAACGGCACCGUAUUCAAGCAAGUCUAUACAGAUAUGCCGGUAUGGAUGGAGUAUAUUCUUAACUUCGUGGAUUGGUUCUACAAGUCCUGGACCGGCUGGAAGGGGGUACAGUAUGAGUACUUGAAAGUCAGCGGCAACACGAAGGAUCUGGAAGCGCUGGCGAGAGCUGUGGAGGAGGGGAAGCUGAAGCCUAUUGUUGGCUCGACGGCGAAGCUGUCCGAUCUUGAGGGUGUUAGGAAUGGAUGCCAGCAGAUAAUGGAGGGGAAAGUAGCAUCUUGA